CAUUUGUUUGUGGUAUGGGAGUGUAUUUUUCGUGUCUGGGACCACGUUUUCACCCCAGGGACCGCUGCCUUCGGCUCACGUGCGCACUGCUGUCGGACGCACGGCGCGCAGCACCUGGUCCAUGUUUUUGGAGGAUUGUUGUUGUGCACAAUCUCUAUGCUGGAGCGGUCAGUGCUGCACAGGAGAAUGGACGGCUUCAGCAGGGUCGCCUUUCGAAGAAAACCCCUAAGUAUGGACGAGUCGAGUGAGGAGGCUGAUGAGACAGAUAAAAAGGGCGACCCAGGCUGUUUCCAGAAUAAGAGCGCUGAAGAGGCUUGUGUGGCUGUGAAAAUCGAACACUCGAGAGCUUUAGGCAGCAGCCCGUCCCCUGAGACAAACAGCUCCCCCAGUGUUCAGGAGUGUUUAAGUCGAGUCAGUGGAGGCAACAGAAAGAACAGGACCAGCCCCAAUGGAAAAGGAUCAGGGAGCAGGUCUCGCCUCGACUCCAAACCCAAAGUGCCUCCCAAACCUCCUCAUCUGCAGAGCCCGGUGACCAGCCCGUCCUGUCCACUCCAGACCCAGAAGACUAAGGCCUUCCAAACACAGAAAUCCAACAUGGAGGACAGAGGAGGCGGGAGGGGGGCCGUGACCAAGGAGCGCCUCAAAGAUAAGAACUCCAAAGUGUCAGACCUCAUCAGCCGGUUCGAGGAUGGCAGCAUCGCCGAGAACAAGUCUAAGCAGCUCAAGUCGUCUAAUAUUGCUCUCCGUGGACUACAGCAAAAACAGACCAGCGCAGACGUUGACAAAACCAAGCUUUCGGAAGGGGAGAGGAAGCCACAGGAUGCCCCCAAACCAGCAGCCAAUGGGGUCGUAGCUCACAUGGAUUCAGUGGAUACAGACAGUAAAACGGACACUGAGUGCGAGACGGUGAGGACUGAGAAAAAGGGGAUGGUGAAUGGGGAGAUGGGCAGCGAGGAGCAGACCGAGGACCACUCACCAUCUCUGUUAAAAAGGACUGAUACGUGUGACAAUGAAGACAAAAGUGAGCCCAAGCUUGAAGAAGUCAGCACACAGCCUAAGGAGACCAACGAGCAAAAGUUGUUUAAAAUUGCCAGUGAGCUCCUUCAAACAGAGAAGGCGUACGUGGCACGUUUGCACUUGCUGGACCAGGUGUUCUGUGCCAAACUCAUGGAGGAGGCAAACAAAGGGACGUUUCCUGUCGACGUGGUGAAAAACAUCUUUUCCAACAUCACCUCUAUCCACGCUUUCCACAGUCAGUUCCUGCUUCCAGAUUUAGAGAAAAGAAUGGGAGAAUGGGACUCCAAGCCGAGAAUAGGGGACAUCCUUCAGAAACUCACACCCUUCCUCAAAAUGUACGCCGAAUAUGUGAAGAAUUUUGAGAAGGCCAUGGAUUUGCUUAAACAAUGGAAUGACCGUUCACCUCAGUUUAAAGCUAUAAUUACGGAAAUCCAGAGUCAGGAAGUGUGUGGGAGCCUGACCCUGCAGCAUCACAUGUUGGAGCCGGUGCAGAGAAUCCCUCGAUACGAGAUGCUGCUCAAAGAUUAUCUGAAGAAGUUACCCCCAGACGACCCAGACAGGCGAGACGCAGAAAAAUCACUGGAAAUCAUCGCUACGGCCGCAACUCAUUCAAACAGCGCUAUCCGCAAGUCUGAAAAUCUAAAGAAGCUGAUGGAGAUUUACGAGAUGCUGGGCGAGGAGGAGGACAUCGUAAACCCCUCAAAUGAGUUUAUCAAAGAGGGCCACAUACUGAAGCUUGCGGCCAGGAACACGUCAGCCAUGGAGCGCUACCUUUUCCUGUUCAACAACAUGCUGCUGUACUGUGUGCCUAAGUUCAGCCUGGGAGGGCCUAAGUACACAGUGAGGACUCGGAUUGGCAUCGAUGGCAUGCAGGUCACUGAAACCAUCAAUGAUGAAUAUCCACAUACUUUUCAAGUGCUGGGCAAAGAGAGGGCGCUGGAGCUACAGGCCAGCUCAGAGCAGGACAAGGCCAGCUGGAUUAAGGCUCUUCGGGAAACCAUUGACAUCUUCCAGCAAAAGAAUGAGACGUUUAAAAAUGCCUCAAGAGAAGUGGAUGAUGUUUCUAAAGAUGAACUGGGGAAGCGUGCUCCUCGCUGGAUCCGGGACAAUGAUGUGACCAUGUGUAUGAAAUGUAAAGAGCAGUUCAACGCUCUGACGCGGCGCCGACACCACUGCAGAGCCUGUGGAUUUGUGGUGUGCUGGAAAUGCUCCGAUAACAAAGUGCCGCUUGAAUAUGAUGGGAACAAGAUGAACAAGGUUUGCCAUGACUGUUAUCGAAUCCUCAAAGGAGUGACAGUAUCCGAGGAAAACAAAAAGAAGGGCAUUCUGGAGAUUGAAGCCGCUCAGUUUUCAGGCAGCAGCAUCAUGUGUGGUUUCCUUCAGUACUGUGAAAAGACCAACAAACCAUGGCAGAGGGUCUGGUGUGUCAUCCCAGAGAAGGAAUGUUUUGUGCUCUACCUCUACGGAGCUCCACAGGAUGUGAAGGCUCAGUGCUCCAUCCCUCUGGUGGGUUACACAGUGGAUGACAGCCCUCGCCAGUCCGACCCCCCGUCCAGUUUUCGCAUGACGCAGUCCAUAUCUGUACACAACUUUGCUGCUGACACUGAGGACAUCAAACAACGCUGGCUCAAAGUUAUCCGAGUGGCAGUGACCGGAGAGAAACCGUCACGCCCACAGCAAAAUGGCAGUAGCAACAUUACAGACAACAACAACACGACACAGGAAGUGAAUACAGAAAACACAGAAGCUAAAAAUGAUUGAUUACGAACUUAAAUAAGGAUAAGCUGCUUUUAUCUACUAACUUUAAGAUACACUCACUGCUGGAUUUGUAGAGGACACGUCUGGUACAAUCAACACUAGAGUGAAGAGGAACAUCUGGCUGUUAUCUUUUGUAAAAACUUUUAAUUUAACCCUGGACUAAAAGACUUAUAUGGGAUCAGAACUAUGCGCUGGAUUUCAGCCCUGUACAAUAUGGCAUGUAUAUAAGGAGUUCUUAAGCAUUUUUUUUUUUUAAAUAAUAACACACAGAAUGAAACUACACAGUAUUCCUUCGUCAUUUGCCUGUGAUAUCUGGAUUUUAUUGUCUCCUCUAUUCGUUUUGUAAUGAAACAAAAGCACGUUGGACCUGUAUCUGUACCUGUUCUGCAGAAGCAUCGCUGUUAUCCCAACUGAGCCUUCCAAGAUAUUUACAUUUAGUGAUAUGGUUUAAAGGUGCACUGCGUAACAUUUCCGCCACCUGCUUGUCUCUAUGGAAAUGUUAUUGUUUUGUCAAGAAUGUUCCACAGUAUAUUUUAAACCUAUAGGCAGGUCACAGCACUACGCUACAUUACAAUGCAGAUCUGUGGAGAGUCGCCCAUCUUCACAAAAAUAAUAGAAACACCCGUCAUGAAUACACGCUACACGCUGUACAUGUUUAAUGCCAUACCAUGGAACAUUCUAGACAAAGCAAUAACAUCUCCACGGAGAGAAGUAAGUAGCGGACCUUCCACUAGAAAAAAUGUAAGUAAUAUAAACUUUAAGUUAUUUUACCGUGUACAAUAAUGCACAUUUUAAUGCAUAUAAGUCCAAUGGAGGAUUCAUUUGUGGUUAAGUGAUGGUUAUUUUGACAAACUAAUCAAACUUUUACAAUCAUGAUUUAACUCAAGAUGUACAACGUAACAAUGAACUCAAAGUAAUGUCCUUUAUGGAAGCUUGAUGGUCUGAUAGUGGGAGGUGUUUUUCUCUUGUAAAUAGAAAUGGCACAAUCACAGCUGUUCUUUGUGAGCUGGUGCAUAAAUUGUAAUGUGUUGAACGGCUGUAAUUAAUUGUAUUAUUUAUAGUAAUUUAUAGAGGAGCAUGAUCUGACAUAGCACACGUUUUCCUAUUGUCAGCUACUACACGUGGUAGGCUUUUUUUGUCUCAGCACUCUGAUGUUAUUUGAGAGAAGGGAUAUGUGCCUAUACUUUUCCCCCCCUUUUUUUUUUUAACAUAAACCCUUGUAAUGCAAUGCUGGUGCUCUCCAUCCUCAGUAUUCUAAUAAACAGCACAAAGAUGUUUCUGGUUAAAAAGAAUCUGAAUGUAAAUCUGUUUUUACAAAUUAAACUCAACCGCCCAAAGGAAUGAAAAUAUUUGCACUUUGCAGUCCUGGUGUAUUUUUCAUCAAAAUAAAACUAAACAACAUAGUCUGUGGAGAUAUAA